CGAACGUUUUGUAAGGGGACUAGAGCAGGCUAAAACAAACUAAUUUGUAAGGAUAUUAUAUGUCUAAGGUUUAAUAUUGUAUUGAAUUCAUUUCAUAAGUUUUCCCUUACUGUAGUGUGUGUUAACAUAUAAAUUGGAAAUGUCUUGACCUUUUUGGAACAGGUUCAAUUCAAAUAGCAUCGAUUUAAAACACCUUCUUUUUUUUUUUUACUCUUUUUUUAAACCUAAGGACUUAAUCGUAUAGAUAUAGAAAAUACAAGAUUUCUAAUCAUAGCAAAAGAAAGGAAACGGAUACUCAGUAUGAGAAUGAGUAAACAUAAUUUGAAUGCAUAAGAAUGAAUAUCUUAUAUAUGCAGAUGGAAUCAUGUGGAAAGCCGUAUUCGACGAAAGUCGUAUGUACGGUUUGGAGGGAGAUCUUUGAUACCUUUAGAGAUCCACCCUACAAUAUGGAGUUAAAAAGCCGAAAUAAGUAAUUAUUAGUCUUUAUGAAAUAAAUUUAUGAACCUUUUUCACACUCAUGUCACGCCAAAGUACUGUAGAAAAGAAAAUUGAGAAAUUUGAUCCGAUUUAUCAUAAUCGAUUAGUUAACAUGGUCGUUAACCGUAUUCUUAAACACGGAAAAAAAUCAUUAGCUUAUCGAAUUUUUUAUCAAUCUCUAAAAAAGAUUCAACAAAAAAUAGAGAAAAAUCCACUAAUUGUUCUACGUCAAGCAAUACAAAAAUUAACUCCCAAAUUGAUAGUAAAAUCAAGACGUGUAAGUGGAUCCACUUAUCAAGUUCCCAUUGAAAUAAAAAAGAAAGAAGGAAAAAUACUUGCUAUUCGUUGGUUAUUAGAAUCAUCCAGAAAACGUUCUGGUCGAAAUAUGCAUUUCAAAUUGAGUUACGAAAUAAUGGAUGCUGCCAGAGAGAAAGGCAAUGCUAUACGCAAGAAGGAGGAGAUUCAUAAAAUGGCAGAAUCCAAUAAAGCUUUUGUGCAUUACCAUUAACCCACUAACUAUAUAAAUAGAUCCACAGAUUUGUUGCAUU